GGGGGGCACUGAGGGCAGGGCGGGAGCGCGCCAGCAACAAAGAUGGCAGCGCGGGGACGGAAUCUGAUUGGCUGAGCCGGAAUUGGAGCCACAGCCGAUUGGCUGAGCCGCUACGUGAAAGCCGAUUGGCCGCGGCUCCUCUUUCGCCGAAGCCGAUUGGCUGGUGCGCUGCGUGACCCGGAAGUACCGCGCGGUGUGACCCGGAAGUACCGGCGGCGCUGCCCGUCAUGGCGGCGCGGGCGGCGCUGGAGGUGGCGGCGGCGGCCGCGUCGCGGGACGUGGUUCUGUACGAGCACGACCGCAGCCGCUUCUUCCGCCUCUUGGGGCUCUUCUGCGCGGGGCAGGGGCUCUUCUGGGCCUACCUGGCGCACUUCGCCUUCACGGCGCUGCGCCCCGCGCCCGCUCCCGCUCCCGGUCCCGGUCCCGACGACCCGCUGCGACCCCGCGACAACAAGUGGCGCUUUGCGUACACGGCGUCCUGCCUCACCGUCGGCUCGCUGACGGUGGCCGCGGGCUGGCUGCUGCCGCUGCGCUCGGUGCACCGGGUGACGCUGCUGCGGGGCGGCUCCGCCGUGGCGCUGCGCACGCCGGGCCCGCUCGGCCUGGGCCGCCGCACGCUCACGGUGCCGCUGCGGGACGUGUCCGGCCGCGCCCACCGCAGCGAGGCCGCCGCCGCCGUCCCGGUCAAGCUCCGGGGCCGCCCGUUCUUCUUCCUGCUCGACACCGGCGGCAUCCGCGAGCCCCGGCUCUUCGACGUCACCGUGGGCGCCUUCCGCGGCUUCUAGGGGACACCGGGACAGCGGGACACCGAGGGGACACCCCGGGACACCCCGAGCACACCGUGGGGACACCGGGGGGACACGGGCAGGACACGGCGGCGGUGGCACCUCCUGACCCCCGGUGUGCCCCCCCCGGUGUCCCGGGACAGCGCCGUUGUCACCCGCUCUCCCCCCCCGCAAUAAAGGCUUGGACCCCCCCCGGCUCUCGGGGGGGGAUUUUGGGGUCA